AUGGACCAGUCGAAGCGCGGUCCAAGGGCGGGCGACGCGGAGGUCGUGGAUAUGGCGAGCAUUCCGGCGGGCAUUGCCUCGGGUGCCGCGGAAAGAAACUCAGAGGGGGGCGAGAUGGCGGAGAGGGAUGCGGAGGGUGGCGAGCGGGCGGAGAAGGCGGAGAGGGCCGCGGAGAAGGGGGCGGAGGCGGCGGGAGGGGAGAGCGGCGCAGCGGACGAGCUGAGGGCGCGCGUGGGCCGUCGGAUGGCGAAGAUCAAGAAGGUGGUGGCGGCGGGGAAAGGCGACGCGAAGCACUACUACGACGUGUACGGCGCGCAGGCGCGCGCAGAGCUGGAGCUGCGCCCGCCUAUGGCCAAGGGCGCAGAGCAGCGCGCCAAGCCUCUCAGUUUCACUGAUGUGCAGGAUUUGAUUCUCUGGGUGCUCACAGGGGAGGUCAACCCGCAGUGGGCAUUUAUCAAGAACAAGCCGCUGGUAUCAAGGGUGGUGGUGCUGCUGGUGCCGGGAAUUGACGCCCAUACGUUCCACUCCCGCCCGGACCUCUUCCCGAACCUGCACCGCUGCUUCGGCAGCAAAUCUCUGCCGUUGAAGGCUGUGAGCCCAUCAGCAACGGUGGCAGACACAAUGAAGGCCAUGUUUGCCAUGUUUGCCCGACCCGUUGCUCUCAAGAAAAGCACCAGCUCGUCGUCUGCCAAAUCAGCUGCUGCCACGUCAGCACAUGCGGACAGCAAGGCAGGAGGAGGUGUGACAAACGGUGUGGGUUGUGAAAGCAAGGAGGGGACGAGUAGCGGUUUGCAGGGAGGUGAGGAGAAGCAGACGAGUGAGAAAGAUAAGGGGGAUGAGCAUGAGGAUGAGGAGGAAAAGGAGGAAGGGGAGGAGGAAGAAGAGGAGGGAGAGUCGAAACCUCCUCUCCCUCUCGAGCACUACCUGCUGACGUGGCGCCAGCUGAAAGAAAACAAUUUUCCACUGCCCGUGGUGGCGGGCAACAAGGGGCGAGACGGGCAGGAUGGGAAAGAGGCUGCCCGGAAAGCAGGCGGCGGCAUCUCACUUGCUGAUGGCUCGGCUCUUCCUCCUCCAGGUCAGAUUGCAACCUUUCCAGGUCACGUCUCAGGUCAGUGCAACACCCACAGGGGGCUGGAGCUCACUCGCCUCACUCUGCUGGAUGCUCACGGCAAGGUGCUGUUAGACGAGUUGGUGAAGCCUGAGAGUCCAAUCACCAACUACAACACACAGUUCUCGGGCAUAACGCCUCAGAUGCUGGCCGGGGUGACAACCACACUGCAGCAGGCACAGGAGCAUUUUCUCGACAUAGUCAGCGCAGAGACCAUCCUGGUCGGCCAUUCCACAGAGAGCGAUCUGCACGCGAUCCGGGCCGUUCAUCUGCGCGUGAUCGACACGUCGCUGCUCUUCCCCCACCCCCGUGGCCCGCCCUUCAAGUGCGCUCUGCGCUUCCUGGCAGCGGAUUACCUUGGGCGGACCAUUCAGGCUGGCUGGGCCUUCAAGCUCCACCACACGGAGAAGAUUCUCAUGCGCCUCUCUGCCUCCACGCGCCACUGCACCCUCACGCCCCUUCCUUUUGCCUCCUUGCAUCCCCUAGGUUGCGAGCAGAGAGGUACGGCAUGGGAGGAGAGCAGCGAGGAAUGCACUGACGCCUCGUUUAAAGUCAACCAAGAGUGUGAUUGUGGCUUCGCUGCUCCUCCCUCCCUUCCAAAAAAGUCACAAUCAUCCCUCUCCUCCUCUCCUCCUCACCUCCUCUCCUCCUCACCUCCUCUCCUCCUCACCUCCUCUCCUCCUCUCCUCCUCUCCUCCUCACCUCCUCUCCUCCUCUCCUCCUCACCUCCUCUCCUCCUCCCUCCCUCCCUCUUGCUUCACUUCUCUUCCCCUCUCUCCCUUAUUUUCUUCCUCAGUUCCGUCUCUUCCCAUCUUCCCUCUCUCUCCCCUUCCCUCUCUCCCACCCGUGCACAGGCGUGCAAGCCAUCUCUCAACCUCCUAGUCGCCACCUUCCCCUCCCUCAUGGCCUCGCUCUCCGCCCGCUGCUCCUCCCUUGCCUCCAUGCCUCAACUCGCCACUGCCCUUGCUUCCGAACCUGCCUCCGAACCUGCUUCCACACGGGCCACCAGCCCUGCGUCCAAACCCGCACCUGAGCUUGCUCCUAAACCUGCAUCAUCACCACCCGUUCUUGAGACCACAAUGACACAGGCACAGGCACAGGCACAGGCACAGGCACAGGCACAGCAGCAGCAGCAGCAGCAGCAGCAGCAGCAGCAGCAGCAGGAGGUCUCUUCCCCACCUGCUCAUCCUGCUGACUUUUCUGUUGAGGAAUCUUCCAGGAAGGUGGACGCACAGGUGGGGCAGGCGCACGAGUCUCUGCCGCCAAACACAUUGCUGCUCGUCGUGACGGGGUGCGGCGACACGCCAGCUGUCAGACGCAUGAUGGAGUGGCGGUGGAAGCGGCAGCAGUGGAGGAGCACGGGCAUGGAGCCCUGGGACGGGAGCCUCGAUGCCCUCUUGAACCGCAUGCAAGAGAGAGCCUCUGCUGCCCUGUGCUUGGCGACUGUGAAGCAAUGA